AAUGUUCAUCUCAAUGUGUUGGGUAGCAGCCGAGUAGAAUAAAUAUAAUUACGAUUUAGAAACUAGAAAAAGUAAUGUUUAAUUAUGGUGAAUAUGAUCUUUGUUAGUUUAUAGUCUGAAAAUAUGUUGUUUUCUGUCGUGUUGCGACAUUAGUAAGGACCAACAGAUAUAGCCGCAGCAGCAGGCGCUGUUAAUGUCGGCCGAACGUCGCACCCAAGCCCAAGCAAAGUUUAAACUGAUUAACAGCGGAGCUUCGCAAUGACACCAUUCGAUGACUUUGUGUAUUUAAUUAAUCAUGUUCUGCUUGGCGAAGAGCCGACAAUCGAGGACUUCAUACUGCUUGUCGGUACGUUGGUUGCAUUUAUUGCUUUCAUACUCUGGUGUUGCUUUCCCAUCCAGCCAAAGGAGCCGGGACCCCACCGCCAGUUCACAUGCAAAAUUAUACAAAAUCCAAUUAAAGCUUUUGAUGCGGCCACCAGCACCGACGACAACAGCGCUGCCAAUGCAUCGCCGUUCCCUUCCCCCUACGACUCUGGAGUCAGAAGCGGCCUCAGUGGAAAAGGCAACGCCGGCGCUGAUUUAGACCUGACCAGCAACAUGUACAACGGAAGCAACGGCAGCUAUAGCAAGAACGGCACUGCGGCCAUGCACAAUUACUACGUUAAAAACGGACACCAUUGCUGCACCUAAUGGCCAGGGUAAAAUCAGCAAAUUCAAGAUUUUCCAGACCCAAGGCUGGGAGAUGCUGCUUAGCUUAGCGUUGUGUUACCUACUCAGUUUUUUGCGUGCACACUGAUCAGUGCAUCACCGUCGUCGUUAAAUGUAUGAAUAUUGCAUGUGAAUAUUGAUUGUAAUUUGUGCCAAUUGGUUCGACAGGUUGUUAGGAAGCAGCUUAAAGCUGCCGGCUCGCAUUCGCACAUUGAAUUGUAAUUGCUCAGACUGAUUUGUUUAAAAAAAAGGAGAAACAGGACAAGACAGGGAAGCAGACGGCAUGCAGACCACCUUGCAUGCCCUGCCCGAGGACAGGAGAUUAGAUUGGCAGAUGUUGCAUAUGUACAUAUGUGGCAAGUUUAUAAAACUUCCUUGAUAUCCAUCUAUAUACAUUCAUCUAUAUAUACAUAUAUUCCUACCAUAGAGUACAUAUGUAUGUAAAUGAAUGUAUGUACCAAAUGAAUGCACAUACAUACAUACAUAUGUGCAUUUGUAAAUGUGUGUGUGCAUAAAAUCAAAGUUUCUAGUUCUAAGUAUUUCUGUAUUAUACAACAAGGAAACGUACAUUGUGACAACAUUCGCUUAGCCCUUUCCAGCCCCCUGAUCUUCAAGACAUUUGGCAACCCGACUGGGAAUGCAAGAAAUCCUAGAAAUAAACUGAAAAUUCAAUUUUGUUUAGCUGAAAGAAGAACAUAGACGCCCCUUCAAGCGGGAAGCCCCCUAUAUUCAUAAAUAUAUAAAUAUCUCUAAGAUGGAUUAUAUAAACUCCCAAAAGACAAAGACCUCAAAAUAACUAGCAUUAAAUACGUUUAUUUCUCUAAAAUAGCUUUUCUUUCCACUGUAAUUUCAUGUACAUAUUUAUGUAUGUAUCUAUGUACGGAUGUAUGUACAUACAUAUGUAUGUAUUCAUGUAUGUAUGUAUAGACAUGUUUUCGAAUUCGUAUUUGUAUUUAUGUACAUGUAGGACGUAUCUUUGUAAGCUGCAAAAUGUUUGAUCUCAUUUGUCAACUUAUUUGUUUCUGAUUUGUGAUGUAACUUUUAGAAAAUUCCAACCCUCUCUACUGCGAAGGGCAUUAAAUCCCUCUAAAAAGAAACGAACACGAAAACCGA